AAUACAGCGAAACACACCGGUAUGUAGCCCACUCUUAGAAUCCCGAACCAAUCCACCCUUACCCUUUUUCAAUUCAAAAUUCAACCCUACCUCAUAAAAUAAAAACAAAACAACAAAAUAAUAGCUUACGAUUUUGAUUUCAACGUUUUGUUUUGAACGCAGUAUAAUCUGAUUCCGGUUUCCAUGGAAACAAUCUCAAAGAUCUAGCUUGUAGCAGACGAAGUUUUUUUUUGCCGAUGGCGAUCCUCUAUGCUUUGGUUGCCAGAGGCACCGUGGUUUUGGCGGAGUUCAGCGCCGUCACCGGCAAUACAGGCGCCGUCGCUCGUCGCUUACUUGAGAAGCUUCCAACCGAAUCGGAUUCCAGACUUUGCUUCUCUCAGGAUAGAUAUAUCUUCCACAUACUCCGAUCCGAUGGCCUCGCCUUCCUUUGUAUGGCCAAUGACACCUUUGGAAGGAGAAUCCCUUUCUCAUACUUGGAAGAUAUCCAAAUGAGGUUUAUGAAGAACUACAGCAGAGUUGCCAAUUAUGCACCAGCUUAUGCAAUGAAUGAUGAGUUUUCAAGGGUUUUGCAUCAGCAAAUGGAGUUUUUUUCUAGUAAUCCCAGUGUUGAUACACUCAAUCGUGUGAGGGGUGAAGUUGGCGAGAUACACACUAUCAUGGUGGAUAAUAUUGAGAAAAUAUUGGAGAGAGGUGACCGGAUUGAACUUUUAGUUGACAAGACAGCAACAAUGCAAGACAGUUCAUUUCACUUUAGGAAGCAAUCGAAGCGCCUUCGAAGAGCUCUUUGGAUGAAAAAUUUCAAACUCUUGGCGUUAUUGACGUGCUUGAUUGUUUUACUCCUUUACUUUAUAAUUGCUGCUUGCUGCGGUGGCAUUACUCUAUCAUCCUGCAGAUCUUAAUUGUCUCUCCUGGUGGUUCAUAUAUUUUCUGAGCUCUGCAAUGGUCAAGAUUCCUGUCAAUAUCUACCUUGGAAACUUCAGUAGUAUGAGCUGAGUGGGAAAAUUUGGUAAAGGAUCUAGAAACCUUUCGUUGUUCUUGGUUCUUUAUUAUAAGAUUACACACGAAAGCCAGCUGUGGUGCUAUUUUGUGAUUAUAGGACAUCAUUAUGUAAAUGUGGAUUUUUAUUAUCUUUUAUGGUCUAGGUUUUUACAUUAUUGUUUAUAAAGUAUUGCAAUUUUCUUGUACACAUUAGUGCUUUUGUAUGUCGUUGCUAUUGAAAAUUUAGAGUCAAGCACCCUGUAUGUCUAAUUGAGGAACGGUUCUUCACAUUUCAACGCAAUGCUGGUUUAGUA